UGCGCGAGCCUCAUUUGUUACUAUUCCAAAAUUCCAACAAUUCAUGAUGAAUUUUCGAAGAAAAAAGUAAACUUUCGAAUAGCUCUGCAAGGUGCUAACAAGAUGCUAAUUCGAAGACGAUCGAAGCAGGCGCGCACUUGCUCUGCCUCUAAUCGCUGGUCGUAAUCUAUGUACAAAAAUCAAGACCAAGGGCAGUGCGUUGUUUUUUUUUGGUGUGUUUUAUGUUUUUCACUGCUCGGACAUCCGCACACAAUUUGGUCAGUUAUCGACGUAGCUUCCGUGAGUGAAAGCGACUCGUGAAUAAUAAAACCCAUUGUGUGCUGUGACAGAUUUGGACGAUGGAAUCGGUGGCGCGUGGAUUGCUACCUUUCCGGGAUGUAAUCGGCAAUGUGGCGGGCUUACUGACGGUAGCGCAGUUCCUGAGCGGAUGUUUCAUUUGUAAUCAGAUCCGUUUGAAGGGAAGUUCCGAGGGAUUUUCACCGCUGCAGUUCGUGUUGGGUGGUGCCCUGACAGCACUGCAACUGAAAUACUCGGUAUUACUUGGGCUCAAAGCCAUGAUACUCACGAGUGGUUAUUCGUUAGCCAUUUGUCUGGUUUACACUGGGUGGUAUUUCCUGUAUAUUCCAAGCGGAAAGGCAGCUGGUUUUUGGAAACUCGUCACACAGACCGUAGCUGCCGUAAGUGCCAUUCUUCUCUACGCCAGGCUUGAGGAUCCGACGGAUGUUGGGGAUCGAUUCGGGUUUAUUGUGACUGUGUUAACUCUUGGAUACAUUGGACUGCCAUUGAUAAAACUGGGAGACGUAAUCAAACGCAAGAGCAGUGAAGGGUUGCCUCUACCAGCGAUCCUUGCCAGUACGGGAGCAUCCAUCCUAUGGCUAUUGUACGGAAUCAUUCUGAAUAAUUAUUUCAUCAUUAUUCAAAAAAUCAUCGCCCUUGGCCUGUGCACGGUACAGCUGUCGCUGUUUGUCAUUUACCCGGCAACGUCCAGGACCAUCAAAACGAAGACCAAGUAAACGUCGGCAUUCAAUGCGAUAAGAAAGUAAAUCCAACGCCAGUCGGCGGUAGAUAAAUUGCGGAACAAGUUUUAAUCGAAUUGUUUACUGUUUUUUUUUGGUUGCUUCCGAUGCUGCGUGGUCGUGAGCGUGAAAUCGAAAAGAAUUAGUAAGCAGCUUAUAUGCUGCGAGCAAGACA